AUGGAAGAGCAACUUCCUCGAGGCGGCGGCGGCGGGGGGAGGCCCCCGAUCCCGGCGGCGGUGAGGAAGCCGGCGCUUGCGCGGCACUCCUCUUUUGUGAGGAGUCCUACCAACAAUACGAAGGCUGAAAAUGAGAGAGCUUUUGAAAGCAUAGACACUGAAUUUAUUCCAGUUGUACGAUCUGGUGGGUGGGCUGAUAUUGGCUCAAGGCACACAAUGGAGGAUGUCUUUAUCUGCUCUGAUAAUUUCAUGCAGGACUUCGGAUUUGAAAGUUCUGACGAAGGCCCCAGUGCCUUUUAUGGGGUUUUUGAUGGGCAUGGUGGAAAGCAUGCAGCUGAUUUUGUGUGCAGCAAUUUACCAAGGUUUAUUGUCGAGGAUGAGGGUUUUCCUAGGGAGAUAGUGAAAGCAGUAUCCUCUGCAUUCUUGCAGGUCGAUGCUGCUUUUGCGGAUGCUUGUUCUCUGAACUGCUCUCUUGCUUCUGGUACAACUGCUCUUGCAGCACUUGUGGUUGGGAGGUCACUUCUGGUCGCGAAUGCUGGUGAUUGUCGAGCAGUACUUUGUCGUCGUGGAAAGGCAAUCGAGAUGUCCAGGGAUCACAAACCAUCUUGCAACAGGGAGAAGAUGCGUAUUGAGUCAUUGGGUGGAUAUGUCGAUGAUGAGUACCUGAACGGGCAGCUUAAUGUCGCACGAGCAAUCGGGGAUUGGCAUAUGGAAGGCAUGAAGGCAUGUGAUGGUCUUGGCCCUCUCAGUGCCGAGCCUGAGGUAAUGACAACAGAUCUGACUGAAGAGGACGAGUUCCUGAUCAUGGGUUGUGAUGGGAUCUGGGAUGUAUUCCGCAGCCAAAAUGUGGUAGAUUUUGCCCGCCGUAAGCUCCAAGAGCACAAUGACCCGGCCACUUGCUGUAAAGAAGUAGUUGAUGAGGCCAUCAAGAGGAAGAGUGGUGAUAACCUUUCUGUGGUUGUCGUCUGCUUCAACUCUAGGCCGCCUCCUGUUCUAACAACUCCUAGGCCUCGUGUACAGAGAAGCAUAUCUGCAGAGGGCCUGAGGGAGCUACAGAGCUUCCUUGAUAGCUUGGCCGAUUGA